AGUACGAUGUGUUGACCCCCAACGAGAACCCGUUCUAUUUGCAAACAUCGGAAAGGUUGGUAACUCAGUCGAUUAAAAGAGGAUAUACUUGACGGACAUUUUUAAAAAGUUUACGAGGGCACUAUGAAGGCGAUAGUUGUUAUUUUGUUCGUGUUUUGUUAUGUACAAUGCCGUAAAACCUACCCGCCAAUUGAUAAAAAUGCCAAUCUUGCCUUCAUCAACAUGGAAGGUGGCGGGGGAGUGAAGCCAGGUAGCAGACCUGUCGCUCCAGCCCCACAAGCACCUGUAACACCAGCGAAAUCACCCACUACUGACAAUAAGCCAACUGUCGUCGUGCCAGUCCAAAAACCAGGAUCACCUCAAGUUGUUCUACCGCAAAAACCCACGUCACCUCAAGUGAUUUCUCCACCAAGUCCUGUGAAACCAACGUCUCCACCAGUAGCGAAGCCUGCCCAAACUCCUAACCAGAUAAAACCAGUGCCAGUCAACCCUGCUCCUGUUUCUAACCCUAUUACCACUCCUGGACCAGGAUCUGUGAAGCAACUCAUAAAUUUUUAUGAUAGCCAAGGAAAAGCAAGUCCGAUAAGGCCUUACUCUUACAGCCAAGCUGUUAAACAAGGGUAAACUCUGUAUAAUUCGUUUUAAUAUAAAGAUAUUCAUCC